CCAGCUCAAAAAAGAGGGAAGGAGAAAUGAGUAUGAGAUGCACAAACUCAUGGCUUUGAAUCAAAAACAGAAGUUGGUUUUGCAAAGAAAGACAGAAGAGGCAUCUCAGGCGACAAAAAGACUUAAAGAGCUUUUAGAAACUCGAAAGGGGUCUUCACGUGAAGCUUUAAGUGGGGCAAGUGUUAAUGGUCCUGGAACUCAGGCAUUGAUGCAAGCAAUUGAGCAUGAGAUUGAAGUCACAGUUCAUGUUCAUGAAGUGCGUUCUGAAUACGAGAGGCAAAUGGAAGA